UUGGUCUAUUGGCCUGUUUUAACUUAAUCAAUUGACCUAAAAUAAUGUACCAUCAUUAGUGCAUUGUGAAAUUGGCACAGGCCUAAGCUGUGCAUCACUUCUCCAUUUUCGGAGGAAGUUCUCAACCAGGAAGCAGGACGAUGGCCUGGGGACAACUAGAUGUACAGCAAGUAGCUGCACAAGACAAGUGACAGCGAUGUUAUCCAUACAUUAUCAAGCAGUAGUGCGCAGGGUAUUACUAUUAUCUGAGACAACAAAACCAAAACUGCCAAAACAGAAAAAGUGCUGAAUCAACAUGUUUUUGAAGUACAUGCUAUUCCUUGUGUUGAUGUUGCCAUGGCUUGCUGGAGGGCAAAAACCAAAACCAAACAAGAAUACGUUCGCCAAUGAAAAUCAACUCACUAUCCAAGCAAACUCUGGUUGCAAGGGCCAGAUCCUGCACCCAGAUUGUUCUGGACGCGUCAUCCUCCUAGAUGCCAGCAGCGGUAGCGGUUUAGCCGGAAAAGGUCAGGGAGCCAACACUGGUGGCUGUGGUUUCAAAGAUGGUGAUGCAACAUCUGACUUUGACAUCCCAGAUUGGAUUCUGAGAGACUGCAACUUGAAAGGAAGCUGUGAUAUUCUAGCGGACAGAAUACUCAACUUGCUGCCGCAGUCUGCUGACAUGGAGUAUGUGGAGAUCAAAUACUUUUGUAUUGACAGAAAGCCAGUUUACGACAUGUGUGCGCCGAUGACAACUCAAGAAAAGACCGCAUACCUCAUCAGCUACGGGUAUCCCAACAUGCCCUUCAUCAAUGACAUCACGACAGACUGUGAAUGUUCGGGCAAACUGAAAAAGAAGACCCUGUUUGGCUACAGACUUUUAGAUGGUGAUCUCCGGAGCAGCAAUCUUGAUCAACGUGACUGUGACUUUGCCCAAACACUUGAGAUAUCAAGCAAAGGCCGUUCAAAGACAUUUACCUGUGCUAACCAAAACGCAGGCAGGGUUUUUGAAACUAUCAACCCAAAAGGAGGAAAAGACAUUGCAGAGAUACUCUUUGAGAAUGAGCUGAAAAAAGCUGGUGGACGUUUCAUAUUAGAGUAUAAACAUGAUUCUGGAUCAUUUAGGUUAACUUGCAAUCCAGAGCGAGUCAUGCCACCAACUAUACCAACAACAACCACUACAACUACUCAAGCUACCACUACCACUACCAUGUCACCAACUACCACCACUACCACUACCACCACUACCACCACUACCACCACUCCUGCAACUACUACCACUCCUGCAACUGCUACCACUCCUGCAACUACUACCACAACAAGCACAACCACUACUACAACAUUGGCAGCGAGAACUUCACUCCAAACAACAACAACUAAAGCUACGACUAUCAGACCAAACUCCUCAACUACCAGGCAACUGAUACCAAAAACAACACAGCAGAAAACCACUCUAACAACGCGAGAAAGUCCAGAACCUAAACCAUCUGCAACAGCAAGCCAGCAGCCAGCCUCACCCUUUGAUGACAAAGAUGCCACAAGCACAGAACCCACUGACAUCCUCAAUUCAAAAGCUCAGUCUGAGGACACAAAUCUCGGCAUGAUUAUAGGUGUGGUCUCAGCGGUAGUGGUCCUUGCUGUAGUAGCUAUCAUUCUCUUCAUCUGCGUGAGAAGAAGGAGCAAAGCAUCAAAGAUGGAAAGGAAGACGUCGGAAGUAGACCUGGUGGAGACUGAGCCUCCCAGCGAUGUCUACUGCAAUCCUGCAGCCACGCUCCAGACAAGGUUCGACAACACAAACUCAGUCGAGAAUGACUACAGUGAUGUUUCUCCCGUACCAGGGGCAAAGUGCCACACUGACUCUGAAGCCAGUAAUUACAGUAGUGUCAACCCCCUGUAUGGCCUGAACGUUGAUUCUGGGGAUGACUACUCUGUCAUUGAGAAUAGACAUAUUCGCAUCAAGGAAUCUGAUGGUAGCUUUUGCAUCAAACAAUCUGCAGGUAGUAUUGGGACAGAGACGAAUUCUGGGACAUGUAGCACAGAUAUUCCAGUAUAUGCUGUCGUUCAUAAGAACAAGACACAAGAUGUUCCCUUGUAUACCCAGGUCAACAAGGGCAAGAAAAAUGUUUCAAAUUUAGAGAGCCGGGUCAAUUGGGGAAAAGGAGAGGUUAGGGGGGAAGAUGGUGAGGGCGGUGGCUACUCAUUUGAGAACCCAAUGAUUGGGAACAUGAGUAUUUCAGAUCAGGGUUUUGUUAAUCCUGGUUUCUCAGUUAUUAAGGUGACUGAGCCAGUAGCAGAAGGUGUGUAUCACAUGGUUGAUGAAGAGGUACCAGAUAUGGCAACAUUAGAAGAGGGUGUGCCAUCAGAGUAUGCUUUGGAAGAACCAAGUCGACAAGAUACUAACGAGUACUUGGAUAUCCUGCCUGAUCCGGUUGACGUCCAGAGUCAAGGAACUAGGGGUCAUGCAGGGGGAGCCACUCCACAGAAACAUGGGAAUGGUCAAAAGGGUGUAGCUUCUAGGAAUCCCGUGGGACCUUCCAAUGUUGAACAAUUCAAUGUUAACUUGGGACCAAAGGGUCGACAACCUGCCAUAUCCCAGAACACAAACGUGGAUUGCGGUAUAGCAGAUGAAACGGGAGAGGAAUAUGCGUAUGCAUAUUCACAUUUCCCUAAAACCAUGGCCCAAAGUGGUGGUGCAACCAAUAGGCCUGUCGCUUCUGGUCCAGCUAUCGUCUCCCAUGGUAGCUCGUCACCACCUGGAAGACAAACUGGAACUGAACCGGAGUACGCUUUGUAUAAUGCCGGAGUCAGUUACGCAUCUGUAAAGGGUUCUUAUGCUGAUGGGGGUGAGGCUGGGGGAAAUGGUGGAUCAUUAUGUCAAGGUCAAGGUCAUCCUUCUGGUUCUGAUCCAACAUACUUCCUGUAUGAUGAACAUGAUGGUCAAAGUCCAGAUGGCGAUGAGUACCACUACAUCCCUAGAGAGGGCACCAGGGGUGCAGCGGAACAAGAGGAUGACAUAUAUCAUGAGCCUAACUUGUACUAGGAGUAGGAUCACGAUGAGGCACUUUUGCCUCAUAUGGUGACACUAAUAAAUCUGCCUAAACUGAUGGCAGUAAGAUAUACGCUCCAAGGAAGAAGCGCAUUACUCAUGUUACAGUAAACUGAGUUAAAUAGGUAACAUGCUCAGUUAUAGUCAUUUGUUAUCAGUAAAUAUUAUUGUUGUAUACCUGUACGUGUAUCAUCAUAUCAAAUUAUUAACAGAAUGUGAUGUACUUGCUUGAAAUUUUAACAUAUCUCUCUGAUACUUGAUAAAAAUCUCCACAUGACCUUAUGGACAAGUUGUAAAUAGGACAGCUUUGAAAUUAAGAGAGGAUAUUUGUGUUAGUCAAGCAUUUCUGAGGGGCAUCGGUGUAGGAAAGGUCAUAACAAGAUAUCCCACUUGAUAUAUAGGAUCAACUUGUUCUAGGGAUUUUGAAAUGGACUAGCAGCACAGUAAUAAUGCUGCAGUUCAUUGCAAUAUCAGUUUUGGACAUGCCCAGACAGAAGUUUGGGUGAAAUGCACGACAUCAUUUGUGUUGAAAAUAUACCUGUAGCAAGUUCUCUUCAAAUCUAUAUAGUUUUCUGAAUAAAAUCAUCA